UGAUGAUUCGCCCAAAGGGAAACCAGCUGGAGAUCACCUUCUCCACCUCAGACACCGAGAGCUGGGACGGCUUCAUCCACAAUCUCAACUCCUUCCUGUCCCCGUACAACGACAGCUAUCAGGUUCAGACCAACGAUGAAUGCACACCUGACGAGUACUUCAUCCAAGAGGACAGUGGAGAGGUGAGGAACAAUCCCAAACGUUCCUGUCAGUUCAAUCGGACGAUGUUGGAGGAGUGUUCAGGGGUUUUGGAUCGUUUCUAUGGUUACGACAAAGGACAGCCGUGCAUCCUCAUCAAACUGAACCGGGUGAUCGGGAUGUUACCGGGGAAGGACAGACAGUCUCCUUAUGUCACCUGUGCAGCAAAGAGGUACAGAGUGGGUGAAAAUGAGUGGAGGGAGGACAGCGACAAGAUCGGACCUUUGGCUUAUUAUCCUCCUAAUGGGACCUUCAACCUCAUGUACUACCCGUACUACGGCAAGAAGGCCCAGGUGAACUACACUCAGCCUCUAGUGGCCGUGAAGUUCCUGAACGCCUCUCUGAACACAGACAUCAACGUGGAGUGUAAAGAGCACAUUUUGAAAGGCAUCAUGAACCGUUUCCAGCAUCCCGAAGAGCCUCUGCCAACGUUUGUUGCCCAUAUGCCGAGUGAAUUCAGGAGACUGAGGAGCCCACCAUCUGAACAGGAGCAAAGCUCAUCUGUAAACAUGCAGUGGAGAAGACACUCCCCCAGGAUGGCUCCGGAGCUUCCCCAAACGCUGCCUCCUGAUCACCAUCCAGUAGCUCAGCCUGCAGAUCCAGAUGGAACUGACCCUGUCAGGGAGACAAAACCAGCUGGCAGGAGGCAGGGGAACUUCAGGGGGGGAGAGUGUUUCACAGGGGCAACCCUCCCCCCAGCCAAUAAGUCAGCUCUCAUUGCCUAUGUCACACCCAAGUGUGACACCUGUGCUCAAUCACGUUGA